AUGCCUCUCCAAAACACCGAGUCCGUCUCUGAGGGCUCUCUCACCAAUAGUCUGCACUCCAGUCCAUGUGCCAGAGUGGCAUGGACCUGCCGGCACGCCAGCCUGAAUUUUUCCCGGCCUGGUUCCGUGGACGAUACGAACGUCACACCUGAAGUCAUCUCCCACCUGCUCGUCCUCUUUGGUCAGCUUGAAGAACAAGGGGCGGUCUUGUCCUUCACGAAUGGAAAGACCUGGGGGGCCAAGUGGCAGGAAUACACCAAGACUUGGGAUGAUGUUCAUUGGAACGGGGAUACAUACCCUCCACGGGACGACGCGACGGGUCCUUGUCCAUUCGACCACGGCCACGACCACGAGAAUGACAAUGAGACGCAGCACUCGGCUGGUGACGACCGGGCAGUUCCCUCCCCUUUCGACGAUAGCGACGAUCUGAGUGACCUCUCGGUCCAAUAUACCGUAAUGCAUGAUCGUUGCGAAGAUCUCAUCGACAUGACAUCGAGUCUCAGCUUGGAAGGCUCAGUCAUCAACCCUUUGCCAUCUCACGUUACUGCGCAGUCACCCCGAACCGUCCUCUCCGCCGACUCUAUAGACACCUUUGCGGGCUCCGCCAGUAGCUAUAUGCCGACCUCUGUCCAGAGACCACAGCCGCAGACUGGAGUUGGCCGCAGCCGCUGUCACAUCGCUCCCAGCGAGGACCGGUUUAGUUCAGCUGCAUCCAAAGACGGCCCAUACAUGACCAUGCCUCCCCAACAGCUCAGUAGGGUCGAAGAAUGGGUCGCUCAACUCGAUUUGGGGGACAGGAGCCAAGGUUCUACAAGCUCCAUCUGUGACCGUGGGGCCGGACGCGAACGCCAAGCGAUGCAGACGCCUCUAUCCUCCACAGGAAAUGCCAUGGACAUAACAGAGAAUAACUACAGGCGUCUUUGCAUGGCCAUCGAGGAGGUUGGGGGAGCCAAGACGGAGCUGCUUCACCUUUUCUACUCUCAAGGGGAAAGAGCAAUUGUUUCGGUGCGCGAGCAUCUAGAAGGCAUGAUGGACACCAGUCUCCGUCAUGGCCGCAGCACGGAGGACAUUGGUGCCUUGUUUCGUUCGAUGAGAGCCAAGUUGCUGAGACUCUCAGAGGCAGAUUGGGAUGCUGCAGACGCCGAAAAGGUUCGAAAGAAGGAAGCUCAGUUCGGGAGUGCUAACCAGAGGCUGCGCUCUCUAGAAGAGAGGGUUCGUCUUUGGACAGAACUGGACAACUAA